UUUUAAAUUAGUACCAACAUGUUAGAAGAUGACGAUGUUGAGAUUAUACAUUCUACUAACACCAUCGACAAUCAAUAUGAUCAAUAUUAGAACCCUCAGUUGAUAAACAACUUGAAAAUGCAACAUCAAGUAUGCUCGAUUCUGAUUCUAGAAACUCUUAUCAAGUAAUAAGUCACUCGAAAGCGAAGCGUAAUAAUACAAAGGCUUAUUGGAAUAAACCAUUGAAACACUUAGACGAUCUUAAAAAGAUGAAAACAUCUUAAGUAUCUAAAUCCAAUUUGCACAUAGAACUCUAACUGUCUCAAAGACAAGGUUUUACACAAGUCCAUUAAACGAAUUCCAAUGAACCACAAAAUGCUGCUGAUAUUGCCCCUGUUAUAAAACUCAAAGAUAGCAAUUCCAGUACAAUAAUAUUUUAAAAUUAUUAUUAAUAGAUAAAGACUCUUUGGGUAACAAAUAUACUAAUGUAUCCUCUAAUUAUGGCUAUAUGAACUCCUCAUUAGGUUCACCCCACGCAGAUCCCUAUGAAAUAGUAUGUAUUAUAUUAUAUUCAGUUUAUUUCCUAAGCACAAAUCCUUCAUUAAAGCAUUAAAAAAGUUUAGUCCCUUUUUAAACAAAGUGAUUCAACAACAUCACAUGAACUAUCGAAACUUAUUCAGGAAUUCGAAGAGAAUGUUAAUUAGUUUGCAGCAAUCAACGAUCAAUUCAUGUUUGAGGUAAUAAUGUUUAUUGUUUAUCGAUUCAGAUCCAUAGAACAUUUGUGGAUUAAAAUGAAUAAAAUAAAGAACUAGAAGAAUAAUCCAUAUCUUCUGAUAACUUGCACUCAUAAUAUGGAUAAUAUUCUUAAAUCUUUCAUGAAGAUUUGGACACUAGCCAAUUUGAGAAUGAAGUUCAAAUUCAAUAGUAAUUCGAAUACUUCGAACUCUCCUUGGCUAAGGUUACAGAAGAAGAGAAGAAACAAUGGAAAGAAUAAUUACUAUAAUUAAUUAAUACACUUUGAAUAUCUAUUUUUUAAGGGGUGGAAAAUAU